UAGUUUAUUCUCUCUUUCCAUCAACAACUUCCCUUCCCUUCACUUCACUUCGCUCUUGACCUUCCGUACAACUCUCUACACACAAUACUGACACUACAAUACUACCACUUUACAUCUCUCAUACGUACCAUACUACCUUUGCAAUGCCUCCAUUCACUCCUACCAAAGUGCCGGCUGUUCUCAGUCGUGGGUUAACUAGGUCCCGCAUGAACCUCCCCCAUCCUCCCAUUACCUCAACACCUUCUCCUCUUCCUCACUUUUCAUGGUCACCAAUGACUCCUGGUAGCCCUACCAUACCUUACAAUCCAACCCCUAUCCGCACUCCCAUUUUUACUCCCAUUCGUUCUCCUUUCUCCCCUCUUGCUCCCUUUCCCGCUACGCCUGUUCCCCCUUCUCCCAUCGUCUCACCUUUCUCCUCCCCUACCUCUAAAACACCACUCUCUCCCCUUUCCGAAUUUCUAGUUUCCAUGCGUACCCGUCAUCAGAGACGGGGAGCCCGCCUUGGAAUUAACUCUCCUCCCAAAUCUAAAUCGCUGUGCCCCGAAUGUGACAGAGUAAAGAUGCUUCUCCCAGCAAAGUGGUGUGGCCAUACAGUUACGCCAUCUCGGAUGAAGAAUGGCAUGCGCGUUGUCCGUAUUCCAAAGUGUCCGAAACGAAGAGCAGAACUUGCCAAGCAGGACAUGGAAAAGCGGGAAGCGGCCAAAUUUUCGAAUCAAGACAUGCAGAAAAGACGGGAAAGAAGGGCAAAAGUGCCUGUUGCUGCUCCGCCUGUUGACCAAACGAUAACGCCUAAACGCAUCAUUGUUGAGGCAAAGCCGAAGCAGAGCAUUGAGAGUUCGCCCUUGGCUCGCGCACCUUUCAAAAACCCAGAUCUGAACGAUAAGCCGCUGCACUGGUCGCCACGAAUGUUCAAGCCUGAGAUUGACCGAUACAAUUGGUCUUGGUCUGAGUGGGAUUCUCCAUCCCGGGAGAUCGAAGAUGCCUCAUACCAGACCACCGAUUGGCCAAUUUACAAUCCGCUCGCUGCCCUUCCACCACAUAUCAGGAAGAAGAUGGAGGAAUUGAUGCAGGCAGAAAAGGAGAUAUUGGGGCAGAUGCCCGAAAUCAGUGUUACAGCUGACAGUGUUCGAUACGAAGAAGUCAAUACUGCAUCAUCAUUUCUCUCGGAAGCAUCCACUCGUUCCAACCGCCCUGGUUUACAAUACGCUCGCCAAAACCAGUCUACGUCGUCGUCCUUAUCGGAAUUCUCUACUUGGGUAGACGUGAACAGCCGUCCUUGGCCUCCACAUGUAGUCCGGAUGUUUAUUGAAGGCGAGGAGGAACGCCAGAUAUGGGAAGAAAAGAAACGCAACUUACCGCCCAUGUCCCCUCCUUCAGGGUCGAUUUCGGAUGUGUACAUUCCUAUGGAUUCCUCGGAACCUUCAGCACCUUCAGCACCUUCAGAACCUUCCCGUAGGCUGCCCUCGGAGCCUACACAUUCAUCCGGCUUAUCUUCUCUUCUUCAACUUUACGUCGAUAGUGAUAGCGAUCGUCAACGAUGGGAAGCCGAGAAAGAAGAAGAGAGGGAGCAACAGGAGAGAAAGGAGAGGGAGGAACAAGAAGAAAUUGAACGACGAGAACAGGAAGAGAUUGAACGACGAGAGCAGGAAGAAAUUGAUCGACUAGAGCAGGAAAAGAGGGAACGAUGGGAGAAGAGAGAGAGAGAAGAACAGGAGGAGAAAGAGUUGAUGGAGAUGGUGGCGAGGGCAAAGGCGAAAUAUGCCCACGAGAGCUCUUUCGAAGACCCUUCCGUUCAUUCAAACUCGGGUUCUUUUGCCUCUUACAAUUCCGACGUCGCCAACCAGUACGCGUCUAACAUUCGGCAAAUUAUGCAAGAUCUUCGGGUCUCAUCUACUGCUGCUCCAGCCGCAGCUCCGUCUCCAUCUCCACCUUCAGUCCGAACACCAUCUCCUGCUGCCGAACCGACUUUGGAAAUAAUCGCUGCUCCACUCGCCGAAGAUGAUGUCUUCGGGAUUCCGGACGCCGACUCAGAUUCCUUCGGCUCAUACAACACCGAUGUUGCGGAACAGUACGCUAGCAACAUUCACCAGAUCUUGCGGGAUCUUCGUGGACCACGAGCUGCUGAAUCUACCUCUCUACCCGUUCCUGAAUCUCCUGUUCCCGAAUCUCCUGUUCCCGAAUCUCCUGUUCCCGAAUCUCCUGUUCCCGAAUCUCCUGUUCCCGAAUCUCCUGUUCCCGAAUCUCUCGUUCGUGAAUCUCCUGUUGUUUCACCUAGUUGCGACGAGUCUUCCGAGAGCCCAGACGAUCAUUCGGGCUCCUAUGGCUCUUACAACUCAGACGUCGCCAACCAGUACGCCUCUAACAUCCAGCGGAUUAUGCAAGAACUUCGCGCAUCGUCUAAUGUGGCUCCGGUUUCGGCACCUGCACCUGCUUCUCGUACUGCUUCUUCUCUGGGCUCUCGUUCGGGCUCGCGUUCUGGUUCACGUUCGGGUUCUACUUCUGCCCCGUCUCCCCCUCAGCACUUCUACUCUAAGCGUCAGAUCCCAUCGAAUUUUGCCUUGGAACGGCCAAGGCCUUCGGAAGUACGAUCGGAAGGACCUGGAUUCGGCUGGAAGUUCCUCGCUUGUGUUGGUGUCGCCGCGGCGGCUGUCGGUGCGGGCCUCGCUUAUGCUUGGAUUUCUUUUACAACAUAGUCUCUCGGUAUGUUAGCUUGUUUCCUUGGUUAUUUCCUUGAAUAUUCCUGAUUUUGCAUAGCUUUUGGAUUUGGUCGGGUGUUCGGUCGGAUGGUAUCUGGCGACGCGGUUUUGCAGUGCCCAUGUAUUCAGGUUUUGGAUAUCCUUUCUUUCUU